ACACCGACGUACAAUAAUAAUAAUACGGAAGUAAAACAAAAAUCAGGUGACUAGAAGGAAAAACAGCCUGCGCCAUGGAGGAUCAGGAGAUGCAAUUAAAGGUUCGACGAGUGAGUGACAAAUUCACAGAGAGUAUGUACGUUUUGGCUAACGAACCGUCCGUAGCACUGUACAGACUGCAGGAGCACGUCCGGAGGUCUCUGCCUGAACUGGUGCAACACAAGACAGACAUGCAGAGCUGGGAGGAACAGAGUCAAGGAGCUAUCUACUCUGUGGAGUAUGCAUGCAGCGCUGUGAAGAGCAUGACAAACAGCAGUUUGUAUUUCAAAAACAUUGACGGCCUUCUUCGUCGAGCCAUCAGCAUGAAGGAACAGAUUAGUAACUCUCAAGGUCGCAGAUCACAUGAUGUGACCCCAUCACCCAGCCCCCCUAUCCCCUCUCCACAUGCUCCACCCCCUUCCUCAUGAUCUGUGGACAGAUGUUUCCAAGGAAAAGGACUAUGGACCCAGGCAUGCUGAAGGAAGGAGGGGAAAGGUACAGCUCUGGGAUGUGAGGCCACUUCCUGUCUUGCAUUGGUGGUGUUGCCUCUGCAGGGUCUUCCUCGUUUUCUCUUUCAACUGCUGGCGUGGGGUCAAAGGGGGUGACUCCUCUAAUCUCAAUGAAAUGACUGACUCCAGUCACCCCCCCAUCCAAACACCACCCCACAGCACAAGCCAAUCAGCGAAACAGGACGCACCAGCACUGCCAGGUUCAGCAUUAAAAACACUUAAGUCAUGGCCACUCAAAGAGUGCAUUGUUCUCUUGGAGCGGCAGGCUGGAUCAGAAGGGAACGCAGAAGCCCUGUUUUGCCUCUGCUGCUGUGACUCCACAGCUCCAACAGGAGUUUCAGACUCUAGUUUUCAGGUUUUUACGAGUUUGUCACAGGUGGAUGAUGGCAAAGCUGUCCUUAUGUCCAAUUCAGUAACAAAUGCAGCAAUGUCCAACUUUUAAAACGCAAGUAAAUGUUCCCGUUUUCUAAUUUUUUGUUCUUUUUCUCUUACCUGCCAAGUAGACGGAGACCCCCAGGCAGAAUAGACCCACAGCCACAUGUCGUACAGCUCUGCUGUCUAAAUGAAACCAGUCAGCUCUGUUGAAAGAAAGAUAUUAGUGUUUGUGUUUACACUUCAGCGAUGUUUCUUCAUUCUUAAUUGGGGCUUUAGUUAGCAACAUUCCUUUGUGAUAAUCUCAGUAUUGUCAUCCUAAGCAUUAUAUUCUUAGGUAAUUUGUUUAUUUAGUAAAUAUUUUGUGACACUAAUUAUUAUUUCCUGUUUUAUGGAAUGUCCCCUCCGUCAUUAGGGCGGUCCUGGGGUACGCCAUUGAAUGUUUUUAUACUGACGUGAGAACAGGCCAGCUGGAGGGCCACUCUAUUAUUCACCAAGCACUGGUUGAAUAAUAAGAGGAAAACCAUUGUUUAGAUAGAAUUCAUAAGAGUUGAGAGGUUGGGGGUUGACCAACAACACAGCAGCAUGAGGUUAAGAAGCUCUCUUUAUGCUUCUGAAACUGCUCUUUUCACCAAAAACUUACAGUUAAAUUUAGUAUCUAGGACAAGGUUGUACUUUGUUGCACCAUCAACUAAAGAAGACUKUGGACGCAAGGAGGAGCACAUGGAAACAAAUUAAAUUUAAAUUUCAGCUGAGGCAACUGUGUUAGAGCAGAAAUGAGGAGCUAUAGAAGUGCUAGCAUUUCCUUCCUUUUGAACAGAAUGUUUUUGCUACCAAUAAUCAGACUCAAUAAACUAGUUUUAAACCAUG